AGUCUGUUCUAAGAAUUAGUUUCGAUUUGUUUUGAUUACGAGACGGUACAAUCUUCCUGAAUUCGUUUUCGAAAAUGUCGAAAUAUUUAAUUUCACUAACAUUUUUUCUGCUAACUUUCUUAUGUGUAGUUAGUGCUGAAAAUGGAAGAGUUAAAACUAUAUUGGGUCUUGAGCGUCAAAUAUCUGCACUGGAAACACAACUCGAAAAUAAGGAUGAAUUAAUUUCCAUGCUUAGAAUACAAACAAUCAGCGAACAAGAAAAAAUCGAUCAGCUGGAGAAGAAGUUAUCCGAAUUGAUGUUGCAGAACAAUAAAUGCCAAUUCUCCAGUUGUCUAUGCAAAUCGACUGAUGUGCAAGAUUUAAAAGUUCCUGGCUCGGAAUCCUUUCAAGUGGCAUGUGACUCAACGUUAGCUGGUCCAGGUUGGUCCGUUAUCCUGCGUCGUAUCGAUGGCAGUGUUAACUUUAAUCGAAACUGGCGCGAUUAUCAACAGGGUUUCGGUGAUUUGCGAGGAGAGUUCUUUAUGGGGCUCGAUAAACUACAUUUGAUAACCAAGUCUCAGCCCCACGAAUUGUAUAUAUAUCUGCAGAAUUAUGAUAACGAAACCCGAUUUGCACGAUACGAUAAUUUUGCAAUUGCGAAUGACGACGCCUCAUUUGAGAUCACGACUCUUGGUGCUUAUUCGGGCAACGCUGGAGAUGCAAUGGUUCAUCAUAAGAACAUGAAGUUCUCCACAUAUGAAAAUGAUAAUGAUAAUAGCAAUAGAAAUUGUGCAGAUGAAAAUAGUUCCGGCUGGUGGUUCAAUAACUGUUAUCAAUGCAAUCUCAAUGGACCUUACAAAGGCGGACUUUAUUGGUACCCCUGGCAGAGAAAUGUUUUGAAAUUUGCCCAAGUGAUGAUACGGCCAAAAGCUCAAUAAAAUACUUAUAUUUUCAUAUAUAUAUAUUGGGAUAAUAACAUAGUGAAUUGGUGAAAAUGGUUAAUAAAUUUAAAAUUGA